AAUAGUCAAAAAGUAGGGAUAAAGAAUAAAAACGUUAUUCAAGAGAGGACUCCAUGAUGGGACCUACUUUGAGUGUGUGUGUGUGUGUGGUGAGAGAGAGAGAGAGAGAGAGAGAGAGAGAGAGAGAGAGAGAGAAGUGAGCGGUUGAUGGUAUUGAGUCAGUACAGUAUUCAGUGAGACAGCAGUGAGAGAGGAUCAUGCGGCGGACAAACUUUCUCUCCCAUCAGCCCCACUGCUCCCAUCCUCAUCUUCACCACCAACCUAUAAAUCCAACCAAACCCAGUUGAGGAAGAAUGCCAGCGAACAACACCACGUUGUCAGAGGUGUCGGACUACACCUGCGUGCGUUUUUACGUGUCCACCGUGUCCUUCUCGGUGCUCCUCUUCUUCAACCUCAUCAUCAACUCGACCAUAGUCCGCGUAAAGCAGCUCCGGAGUCAUGCCCGCUUCGUGCUGGUUUUCCACCUGCUGCUGUCCGCCCUGGUCCACCUGGGUAUGAGCAGCAUCUUCCACUACCAGAUCCACCUGCGCGCCAAGCCGGUGCGCUCUGCGUGCCUGGCCAUGAUCACCAUCCUGAUCAGCAGCGCCUCCAACAUCCUCCUGACGCUCACGUUGAUGGCUUUGGACCGCUACUGCGCCGUGUGCCAUCCGAUGCGCUACGCAUCCAAAUGCACCGCGGGGCACUGGCCCUGGCUGCUGGGUGUGCUCACCUGGUUCCUGGCUUUGGUGAUUCCCCUCAGUCUCUUCCUCCACCCGGACUCCAAAACCUCCGUGGUGGAUCGUGGGGAGUGCGGCUCGGAUCAGCUGAAGAAAGGCGAGCUACAGAAGGUGCUGUUCAUAGGUCUGUGCACGGUGCUCAUCCUGUACAGCUACGUGAGGAUACUGGUUGAGGGGAGGCGGUUAGGGGUGCUGAAUCGGCGCAACCAGGCCGGGUGCAGGACGAUCGCCCUGCACGGCAGCCAGCUGGCCGUGUACAUCCUCCCCAACUUUGUGAACUUCGUGCUGACGAUGAUGUACAAACGGGGUCUCAUUCAGCGAGAGACCAAAGAGCUGUCAGCUGUGGUUAUAUUCGCUUUCUUCAGCUUGGCGCAGUGCGUUGCGCCGGUUGUUUACGGCCUGCGUAAAGAGGAACUUCUGGAGCAGUUGAGUCACAGGUUCCCCUGCUGCUCCAGAUACUUGAAGAGUGUCCUCGGGUGGACUGUGCACGUCAACUGGGAACACACCUACCUCAAAACACGGGAGCGAACAAUGACAGCCCAGACCAUCAUCUCCCUAGAGCUCCCGCAAGUCCCAGAAAAGGAGGAAACAAGGCCAAUGUCAAUCACAAGUUCCUCAUAUGACUUAGACUCAUGUCAAGGCGAUAUGGACAAUGCCUGAUCAGAAAAAGCAGGUAUAUGACAGGAUACUGACGGCUGCAGGAACAUUUGGAUAAGUGGCUGGUGUUCUCAGCUCAGACCUGAAAGGAACUAAAGGACCUUGGACGUAAUAAUCCAGAUGUAUAAAGCUGUCUUCCUCAGAGGACGUCAACACCUGGAUGUGCAUCAUUGUCGGGACAUCAGUGUGUUUCUAUUCUGCUCUAUUUUCAGAGGAGCAAACAGUGGAGCUGCUCAAUGGAUUUAAGCCUCAAGUGUUGAGGUCACAGUUGUACCUCCGAUACAAACAGCCCUGCAUCAUUUGGGAUUAAAUUCGCUGGGAUGGAGGAUUUACUUAAACAUAUCGUCUGGUGAAUGUUGUUUCCAUGUGUUCUCAAAUUUGUGGAUAUUAAAAAAUGUGAGUUUAAAGGUCUUGAUCUAUUUGAAUGUUUCCAGCACCCUUGAGAUUAGGAGAGGGGACAAAUAUAUGAAGACAGUAACCGACAUCAAAUGUGCUCAACUCUCUUGUCGAGGGUUAGAUGAGAAGAUUGAAAUCACUCUUGUAUCUGUUUAAUAUAAUAUGUGUGGUUGUGGGUGUGGAUAAGAGUUGUUUUCAAUAUCAAUACUGAAUGGAGGUCUUUAGAUGCUUAACUUCAGUAAAAGCACAAAUACCACACUGUGAAAAUACUCUGUUACAAGUAAAAUAAUAAUAAAUAAUAUAUAUAAUAUAGCCUAUAUAUAAUAAGUACUGUAUUUAAGUAUAAACAGGAAAAUGUAUUUAGUACUAGUGCAGAGGAAUGUCCCCUGUGAUCAAUAGUCAAAAGUAAAUUAAAAUGCUGGCUGAGUCCUUAGUGGCCCAAGUUCGAUUCCAACCUGCAGCCCUUUGCUGCAUGACGUCCCUGAUCUCUCUCUCCUUUUUUCUAUCUUCAUCUGUCCAUCAAAAUAAAGGCAUAAGUAGUAAAUUCAAAUUCUUUAAAAAAAAAAAGCAUUGGAACCAUCAAAUGUUUGGCAUCUUUGCAUGACAAAUUACUCUGAACUGUCAUCAAAAUAGUUUUAAUAUUCAGCCAACUCACUAAUUAAUUAAUCAACUAGAUAGUUGAUUAUUCAGCUUAGUUGACGUAACUAAGCUGGUAACGUAACAAAACCUACUUAAUGAGUUUUCUGUACGUUCUGCAAAGUUACAGAUUGGGCACAUGAACGUGCAGCCAUCAUCUUGUUAGUUCAGAAAAUUCCCACAUUUGUUAUUGACUCCCUCCAGGAUUUUGCAGGAUUUGUUGCAGCCUAAAAUGCCCGAUUUCACAGCAGCUUUUCUUUGCAUUUUGUAGUGUCUUUAGGAUUUGUUUACAAUUAAAGUGCAGGAGAAAGUGAAAAUUUCCAAAAAUAGUUGUGUUUUCUGGCUCAGCGGUUUACGAGGGGGCUAUGAUGCAUGAUUUCAGAUUUGAUGAAAAGUUGCGCAGAAUUCAUGGGAUUGCAUAUGUUAAUUGUUGCAACAUCGCAACUUCCUGCAGAGACUGGUUAUUUAGCAUUAAAAGCUUUUAACUAAUCAACAGAGAAUAAUAAAAAUAAAGGCCCAAUGAUUGUCAAAUUAUUUGGUGGUAAAUAUAUUCAGGAGUAGCCCAUUAAUAAUGUAUUUAUUUCAUAAAUCAGGACAUUUUUCUCCUCUACAUUACAUAAACUGCUUGUAGUAAUAAAAAAGCACAAACAUACGAUAUGUCAACGUAUCAGUUAAUAUCAGUGAACCUGGCCUCGAGAAAGUUAACAGAGGUGGUUAGCCUAAAGAAGCGGGAAACUGCUAGCUCGUCAGAACAUUUAGAAACACUCACUUAAUACCUCUAAAGCUAUUUAGAAGUUAACACUGUAUCUUUUUUCAAGAUUAUUUUUGUGCCUUUUAUUAAAACAGGAUCAGCUCCAUCAAACGAACCCCGGCCACUUCGGCAGGGACUCAGCCCUAGCUUCACAUUUAAUGAACUCCCAUGAGAGUGAGUGAUAUUAUUCUCUGCAAGUCAAUAAACACACUUCCCGAAACAUUAAAAUAUUCCUUUUAAGGUAAUUUAGGUUUAGCUUAAGCUUUACCUGAUUCUGAACUAUUAGAAUUGGCAAAAGACCUAAACCACCCCAACUUUCUCAAAACAAAGCAGACUUUUGAAUACCAUCUCCUAAUAUUUACCCCCACUAAAAAAAAGUAAACUAUAUUAUCUCGGGGGCGUGCCUUCCAGGUAAUUCAGAAUGCCGGUUUGAUCGAACUGUAGCACAGUUGCUGCGGAUUUCAUCAGAUAGCUUUGAGUCAGACGGAGCCACUAUAGCGGGGAAAUUCUCAACACUUAAACCACAGCGGCACUCGUGAAGCACUGGCAGAAUCCUUAUCAUGUCUCAGUCUCACACUAACACUUGUCAAGUCAGUUGUGUAUCUGAAGGCAGGAAGAGGUUCCUGUUUUUUUUUUCAGAGCAUUUAUGCAGCAGCCAUCUGGCGGUAAAGCCCUUACUGGCAUUCCUGUACAGUGCGCUCGGUCUGGAAGCCGGGGCUGCAGAUGUGAAAGCCAAGUGCAAGUUUCUAUGAAUACAACAGAAAUAGGAAGUGAGUUUACCGGUCAAAAUACUGCUUCAAUGGGACUUUUUUUUUCUUUUUGCUGAGCUUCAAUAUUUAAUUUUUUUUUUCUUCCCAGGGUUACAUAAGCUUGUACAGGAAAAUACCAGUAAAAGGUCAAUGUUUGG